AAGUUAAAUGUUUUAUUGUCCAUUGACUCAUCAGCCAGCUUUGUAUAAAGCAACAUUAGAUUAAACAUAGCAUUAGCAUAAAGUUAGCUAAGGAUAGGCCCACGCGCGUUCGCGUGUCAGCGGGCACGCCCCCAUCUUGGCUGGAACAACCUCCGUCCAAACACAGGAGGGCUGUCUCCUGCUACAGGCUCCUUAAACCGGACAAAUACGAAGCAAAAGCAACCAGUUGCAGAAGAUUAAAAGCACUUCCCGAAGCCCCUCGCCAUCAACAUGGGAGGAGUUGUGUCACGAUGGAGGGCUAAACCAUCCACUGUGGAGAUUCUGGAAGGAAUUGACAAGGAUAUACAAGUUCUUGAAGAAUACAGUGAAAAGUAUCAAAGGCAGUUGAAGAUAUGGGUCGGGCGGCUGCUUCUAUACUCGUCUCUUCUCUACUUGAUCACGUGCAUUGUUGUGUAUUUCUGGUACCUGCCUGAACAAUUAAUGGGGCGGCUCAUAUUGUCUCUUCCCUUUGUAUUUUUUCCUUUACUAGUUUACUUACUCAGAAAAAUGCUUAUACUAAUCUUUUCACGAAGAACUCAGAAAAAUAAUGAAAAAUUAGAGGAUCUGAAGGCAGAAAAAACAAAAAUACUUGAAGAAGUUAUGGAAACUGAGACAUAUAAGAAUGCCAAAAUGAUUCUGGAGAGAUUUGAUCCGGAUUCCAAAAGGAGGAUUGAGCUGGAGUCCACUCCAGCUGGACCUCAAAUGACUCCAAAACCAGGACUAGAGCUUCGCCAGCGCAUUGUCGUCCCAAAGACUCCCCCGGUGGUGGUGAAUCCUGCAAGCGCUGCUGCUGCGCGCCCUCCUCUUGCCUCUGGGCCCACCUAUCCUGGACGGUCUUCCCAUUCUGCUCCAGGUGGACCCCCAGAGAGGAGCUUGUCGGCUAUAGCUGCUCAGCAGAGCUUGAUGAGGAAGCCCAUGACCCCUGGAACACCUGUUCCAGGAGUCGGGAUGCAUCCCCCAGGCCCACCACUGACCAGACCAGUGCUCCCACGAGAAAGAGGUGCUGUGGAUAGAGUCAUCGAGUAUCUAGUUGGUGAUGGUCCUCAGAACAGAUACGCUCUCAUAUGUCAGCAGUGCCUUUCUCAUAACGGCAUGGCAUUAAAAGAGGAAUUUGAAUACAUUGCCUUCCGCUGUGCGUAUUGUUAUUUCUUGAACGCGGCCAGAAAAACCAGACCUCAGGCUCCCAGACUUCCAGAGGUCACUGGUGAACUAAAAAUGCCAUCUGAAGCACCUUUAACAUCUGACGCAGGCAUAGAUGAUAACAAGUCUCUCUUAGAGACACCCAAGCUUGCUGAUGUCUCGGAUGAAACUCACGACUCGGCCAAACUUGCACCCACGGAGCCUGUUUCUACCUCAGACAGCCAAAGCACACCAGAGUCGCUGAACCAGCCCUCUGAGAAAUCUGACGGAGAGCAAGAUUUGUCUGCUAUGGAAGUGGAGUAAAACGGUGUGGUAGCGAAUGCAGCACGAGGCAGAGUUAAAUGUUUUGUUUUCCUUUAAACAACUAUGAUUAUUUUUCUGCUUGACGUACCACGUGCCAUUUUGUUUUGAGAAUUGUUUUAUAGCAAUCGUACACUCGCUUUUGGUCCCAACAACCCGUCUUUCCAUAUCCAUCCCCGUCUGCUCUGUUUUUGUAACAUUGGGAGAAGAGUAACCAUAGUGCUAACCAUAAUGAACCUGUUUCCAUGUUUGUCUUUCAUAUUUUAUUUGUUUUUGACCUGUAAAAUUGUUACAUUUUGGUUAACAGGAAAAUCCUGAGACAAAAUGAAAUAUUUUGCAUAAAUAUAUAUUUUAUUUAUAGGAAAUUUAUUUAUAAAUAUUUUUCUAUAGUGCUGUGCCUUUCAUGACUAUUAUCUAAAGGAGUUGUCGGUGCUAACAAAAUGUUUACACAACCAUGGUACCGUAAUAGGAAUGCACGGAUUAUAUGUAUUUAUUGUAUUUAUCCCCAGUAGAGAGAAGUUGUUUGGACUGGGCCAUUUUAUAUUUUAGGUUAUUGUCACUGCAGUCUGUAUCCAUGUAGACAGUAUUCAUUCAGUGUUAUCACUUUGCAGUAUGCGUGUGCUGAAUGAAUUCCUGUUUUGUAUAAAUAUUAAAUAAACAGUUCAGUAUGGCCAUAUCACA